ACCAAAAAUUUAAAGAUCAAAUUCAUCUGUAAAGUGUCUUUGUACAUUUUCUCCAUAAUUUUAAAUCUUCUAUUUGUUUAUUAUAACUACAAUAAAACUGUUUUGAGAGAACUUCCAACUAAUUGGUUUUUACCAUUAUCUUGGUUAGUUCGAUGGCCUUCUUCACAAGUUGGUACUAUGAGUUUUGUUUUUUGGUAUAGUAUUACUAAUUGUGUUGCUAGAGUGACCACUAAUAAUAUACUAUGAUUAGAAACAAAAGUUAUUUAUGUUAUUGCUGAGUAAUGACUGAUCAUUGUGUAAAUUAUUAAGCAUGUGAUAUUACAAAAACGCUUAAUUUUGUGGACUAUAUAGUGACAAAAUUGAAGUGUUUAGGAUUUGUUUGGUAAAUAUUGUAAUUUGAUAUCCAGUUUGUUUAACUUGUAUAUUU